AUGUACGAUGGUUGUAAUUUGUUUCGGCAGCGCUUGGUGCUGUCCACACUCAGCGGGAAAAGAGUUAAAAUCAAGAACAUAAGGCCGAGAGAUGACGAGCCCGGGCUCCGUGAUUUUGAAGCCAGCUUCAUCAGACUUUUAGACAAAGUGACAAAUGGAUCUCGAAUAGAGAUUAAUCAAACAGGAACUGUACUUUUCUACCAGCCUGGUUUAUUGUACGGUGGGUCCAUUGAACAUGAAUGUAACCCACAGCGCUCCAUUGGAUACUAUCUAGAAGGACUGCUGCUACUUGCUCCAUUUAUGAAAACACCUUUGCAGGCAACUUUAAAGGGAGUAACUAAUGACCCUACUGACCCAACAGUUGAUCUACUCAAGUUAACCUCCAUACCUCUGAUGAAGAAAUUUGGAAUUGAUGGGGAAGGACUUGAUCUAAAAGUUGUAAAAAGGGGGAUGGCUCCUGGAGGUGGAGGCGAGGUAGUUUUCAAAUGUCCUGUACGCAGAACAAUCAAACCAGUCCAACUCACUGAUCCCGGGAAAAUCAAGAGGAUUAGAGGAAUUGCGUAUUCUGUUCGAGUUUCCCCUCAGAUGGGAAAUAGAAUAGUUGAAUCGGCGAGGAGCAUUCUUAAUCAGUUUCUACCCGACAUCUACAUUUACACAGAUCAUAUGAAAGGCUCACUUUCUGGCAAAUCUCCAGGCUUUGGAUUAACAUUGGUGGCAGAGACCUUGAAUGGUACUUUUCUUAGUGCUGAGGUAUCUUCAACACCACAGGGUAAAGGUGACCCACUUCUUCCAGAGGACAUUGGGAAAAACUGUGCCAAGCUGCUCUUAGAUGAAAUAUACCGGGGUGGCUGUGUGGAUUCGUCCAAUCAGAGCCUGGCAUUGCUCCUGAUGACCCUUGGCCAACCAGACGUGUCCAAGGUGCUGCUCGGACCCCUCUCCCCGUACACGAUUGAAUUCCUCAGGCACAUAAGAGAUUUUUUUCAGAUCAUGUUCAAAAUUGAAGUCCAAAAACCUCUUGAAGAUGAAAGGAAAGGUGGAGACAAAACGCUCAUGACUUGUGUUGGAGUUGGCUACAGCAACAUCAAUAAAACUAUCAAAUAA